CCCGUCAGCUCCCCAUCUUAACGCAGUUUUAAACUCAAAACAAAGGAAACCACCGCCGCAGAGUCGGCGCACGCACGAUGAACGUGUAGAAAGGACUUCCAGUUCGUUCCAGCAACCGGAGAUUUGCUUGUGUGAUACCUUAGAAAAUUUGCUCAUGAGCAGAUAACGUUCCCUAUUAUCGCCUGAUGAAGUUCCUAAAAGCAGGUUGUGAAGGAGAACAAACGUAUACCUACAAAGAGAAAGAAUCCAAAGACGACGACCAUUUUGUAUGACUUGAGAAUUGGUAUCGCAUUGGAAUCGUCUGUGUUGAGUGUCAUAGAGGUAAACAUCAGUUAUAGUGGUAGCCGCUUGUGUUUUGGAAAAAGUCGAUCGAAAUCAAGACCAGACAUUGAAAUCUCGCGGGCGUACCUAUAGCGUGUUUGAAAAUAGUCUACUAUUGUUGUUGGAGUUUCAAACUCAGCUAUCUGAUUGGGACACACUGAUACACUAGUAAAAUUCACAACACCGUCCCGCAUGGAGGUGCUGAUCAUUCAAUGAGCGAUUUGCAUAAUGCUUAAAAUGUCAGAACUAUGAAUAAAUACAUUUAAAAAUCUACCAGCAACACUUCUACUCCUUUCGUCACGCAGUAUCAUCGUUGGCUUAACGCAGAUAACGGCGAACCCCCGGAUCGUUGCCACAAGGACAGCGAAACCACUAGCGUCAACGACGAGUCCGUUACCCGACUAUGGGCAAGCGAACCCUCCAGUCCUUGUGCGGCGCCUCUGAAGUGUCUUCUGAUCAGACGCUUUGGAAGUGUCUUCUCGCUGAGUUUAUAGGAACGGCCAUUCUAGUUCUCAUCGCGUGUGGGUCGUGUUUUAACCGAGUUGACGCUUCGGGUCCUGAUAAUGUCAUAAAAAUAGCAUUGGGUUUCGGCUUGACAGUUGCUUCGGUUGCACAAGCCGUUGGUCAUGUUUCGGGAGGACACUUAAACCCUUGUGUGACUGCGGGCAUGCUCGUAACAGGAAACAUUUCAUUCGUAAAGGGCUUUUUUUACGUCGCUUCGCAAUGCAUCGGAGCCAUUACUGGUGCAGCAAUACUCCAAGCGUUAACGCCUGCCGGCUUCCAGCUUGGUAACACUACAUUAGGUAAGAAUAUUACACCCCUGAUGGGCUUCUUCAUCGAGGCUGCCAUUUCAUUCGUACUCGUCCUGACCGUGUUCGGGGCAACCGAUACCAAUCGGCUGGACGUUCUCGGCUCCGUUCCCCUCGCGAUUGGACUUUCUAUCACCGUUUGCCAUCUGUUUGCUGUGCCAUUAACUGGUUCCAGCAUGAAUCCGGCUCGGACAUUCGGACCCGCUCUGAUACUGCAGGACUUCACGAAUCACCACAUCUACUGGCUGGGCCCACUACUUGGGGGCGUCGCUGCAGGUCUGAUUUAUCGCUACGCCUUCCGCGCCCCCAAGCCUAACGUGGACGAUCUGGAACGUGCCGUCCGUCUGUGCUCUUUGGCCAAGAUGAGCGGAAAAGAGCCCGACGGUGGGGUCACUUCUUUCUAAAGCUACUUGUAACUAACUUCCGUCCGCUACACAUCGAAAUAUCCGGACGACUGUGCCUUCAACUGCGUUUAUUUAUCAUAAUCAACGAGAUAUGAAGGCCAAUAAAUAGAAUUUCAAGUAUGCCUCUCGACUCAAUUAGUCAAAUUAGUUGGUGUUUUGCUCAUAUCAUUGCUUGCUAACUAUCAACAUAACAUUAAUAUAUGCCUUAUACUUUGCAAUGAGGUCACAAAGAAGAUUUUAUGUCUCCGUAAAAACUUGCUUGCCAUCAAUUCGCUGACGAGACCAGUGAACCCUCAAUGGCCUCAAUUGGGAUUUCAAUCACAAUUUACGCUUCUUGUUUUUAUGUCGUAAUAAGCAUUUCUUAAAAGAUGAAGUUAUAUUUAAUUAUCGAAUUUAUGCGUGUGUCCGAAACGAAUGCAGGCAACAUAAGGCUUAUUAAGGACAGAAGUUAUCUCGAUGCGUACUUGUCCGCAUUUCUAUUUCAGAAAUGCUUCUGAUUGGCUGAAAUGUAAAUCCUUUCUUUAAUAUUGGUCGAAUCAAUAAUGUAAGCAUAUAAUUGACUUAAUAAGAUGGCUUUAUUAAAUUGACUUUUUGUAAAAAAGCCAUUUGGGUGGUUGUCAAAGAAAUUUUUUGCAUCUGAGGCAAACUUUGGAACGUGCAAGUUAUUUAAUAAUUUCAAGGAUGUCCGACAAUUGUCUAUCACAUUUUUUUGACCUCUUUACAUCUUAAAAUGUUGUCAUCUUUAUUGUUAUUGUAAUUAAUGUCAUAUUUAUAAGCAGAGGUUAACCCAAUAGCCUUUCCUUUUGGUCAAGUUCCUUUUAGGUGGUCCGUAAAAUCUAUCGGUUGAAGCCUCCGAGCCUAUAUACUCGAGCGUUAUCUGUCUUCUGCUUACUUAAGAGUAAAUUACAAACAUUUCAGUGAGUGUUCCUGUAGCAGGAUCGAAAUCAGAUCAGACAUGUUUCAGUACGAGUAGCUUGUACUAAAGUUGUAACAAAUAUGGGAAAACUGAAGUAAAUGAUAAAUAAAUAAAUAAAUAAAUAAAUACUUCUAGGAAGUAAAAUGUGAAAAAAAGUUCCGCGACAAUUCUCAGAUGACUUCCACAUUGCCUACGUAGUUCGGAAUAGGUACUAAUUAUACAUUAUUUAUUAUUACUACAAUUAUUAUAUAUGGUUUUAUUCACAAUUACGUUAUGAUCAACCGUUUACUGUACUGUGGCAUUUUCCAUUGCGAAAAUCAAACGUUUCGGCAUAUAUUCGUGAUGGUUUGUUCGUACAUCGUUUGAAUGUAUUGAAUUGUGCUGGCACGUAAAACGUAGGAUUUGCGCGAGUACAAAAGGAGAAGUAGAAUACUGUCAGGAUGAAAAAAAAAAACGUUACUUUGGCAAUUGUGUACGAAAAGUUAACUAUAUAUAUAAAGCGAGGAUAUUGUCAUCCAAUGGCUACUGCUUCGCUUGCGAUGUCUGAGUAAACUAAACAUGGAUCGUUAUCCUCCGUAUCAAUCUCUAUUCCACUGUUAUCAUUACUAUACGAGACAACGGCAGUUAGUUGAUUACCAGCUGCUUUUUCAUGACCUGCAAAGUUUCUUGCUUAUUACUACAAAAUUUACUAGAUAGAAUGUACUUGGGUAGAAAAACACUGAGUGAGCUUUUUAGAUAUAAUCGAUACAAAUGCAAAAUAAAAAAGCACAUAGUACAUUAA